GCAUAUAAAAGCUUUGCGAUCGCGAAUACAUUUGGCAGUAACGAUUUGUGAUCUCCGCGAGUUAAAAACAAGUUCCUCAACGAUGAAGUGUUUUGUGGGCUUACUUUUGUUGCUGGUGUUGUUGGGUGUGCAAGCCUAUGACUUCGAUGAUAGUGCUUUCAAUGAAUAUCUCUUCAAGGAGCUGCAGUCUCAUUACGAGGGAGAAGAGCUAUAUACACAUAGAACACGUCGUGAGGCCACUGAUGCCAAAGAGUGUGCGAAACGUAGCUGGAAGAAGGAUAUGCAGUGUUGUAAGAACGGCAAUGUGAACGGCGAUCAGUGGGAACUCUUCAAGAGUGUGAAGAAACAGUGCAUUGCCGAUUUGAAGGGUGAGCCAGCCGAUCAAGCCUACGAUCCCUUCGAUUGUGAGAAGAUGCAACAGGUUAAGGAACAAAUGAUUUGUAUUACCGAAUGCGUAGCUAAAAGGUUCAAAAGUCUCGAUGAAAACGGCGAUCUGCAACGUGAUGCUAUAUUAGAGGGUUUGCGUGGUCAAAUUGGUACGGUACAAUGGAAGCUCGACGCUAUAGAAGGUUAUGUGGACAAAUGUCUGGCUGAGGUGAAGGAGAAGCGCGAACAAAGACAAAAGACGGGCCAAUUAAAGGAGGGGUCUUGCAGUCGUUUGCCAAUAGCCUUCCAUAGUUGUAUGUGGCGUCAGUUCUGGAAUGGUUGCCCGGCGGAUUUACGCGUCGACUCGCCAAAGUGUAACAAAAUGCGCGAACGCGUGGCCGAUGGUGAUACGCGCUUCUUUGGCAAACACUUCCUCAACAAAUACUAUCCCAGUCCGCGCGAUGACGAUUAAAUUGUGCAUACACAUACAUAUAUAAGUCGGAACAAUAUGGUUUUAUUGAAAAUAUAUGAAUACAUUUAUUGGAAACAAUUAAAAAUCGCAAUGAAAACCA